AUGCGACCCUGGCUUCCGGUGUCGCGAGGCUCCCCAUUCUCGCUGGCCAACAUCCCCUUUGGCAUCAUCUCUACUGCUGCUUCCCCUACGCCUAGGCCCGCAACCAUUCUCGGAGACAAUGUGCUGGACCUCAGAAAGUUUGCCGAGGGCAACGGUUUUGCCAACCUCGGCCUGAUCCAGCCUCACCUCGCCGUCUUCUCUUCACAGAGCCUCAACGGCUUUGCCGCCCUCGGCCGGCCGGUCCACAGCUCAGUCAGAAAGUAUCUCCAGGACGUCCUCUCCGAGUCGACGUCGCAUCCUCAGCUACUCAAGGACAAUGAGGCGCUUCGGCGCGAGGCCCUCCUGCCGGUCAGGGACGUCGUGAACCAUGUCCCCAUGGAAAUCGGCGACUACACCGACUUCUUUGCCGGCAUAAACCACGCCUUCACCGUGGGCUCGCUGUUCCGAGGGCCGCAGAACGCCCUGCAGCCUAACUACAAGCAUUUGCCGGUCGCAUACCACGGGCGAGCAUCCUCCGUCGUCGUUUCCGGCACGCCUGUGCGACGUCCCUGGGGCCAGAUCCUCGAGAACCCCGCCGCCAAGGAGAAGAUACCCGUGUUCGCCCCAUGCCGGAGGUUGGACAUUGAGCUUGAGCUCGGUGCCUUUGUUUGUAAGGCCAACCCCCUCGGCCAACCUAUCCCAGUGACCGAGGCGGCAGAGAGCAUAUUCGGCUACGUCCUGAUGAACGACUGGUCCGCGAGAGACUUACAGACCUGGGAGUAUGUGCCUCUGGGACCUUUCAACGCCAAGAACUUUGCAACGACCAUUAGCCCCUGGGUCGUUCUCCCGGACGCGCUGGAACCCUUUGCUACGGCUGGAAUCGAGAACGACACAAAGUUACUGCCGUACUUGCAGGAAUCCGAUCCCAAGAGCCAGUAUGACAUUCGCCUGCGAGUAGUCCUCACAACCAGGAACGGCAUCGCUACUACCAUCACGGAGACCAACAGCCGCAACCUUCUCUGGUCAUUCCCGCAGAUGCUUGCCCACCACACCAUCACCGGAUGCCCCAUGCGCCCUGGCGACCUGCUCGGCAGUGGAACCAUCAGCGGCGAGGAGGACACUGCCCGAGGCAGCCUGUUGGAGCAGAACAAGGGCGGUAAACAGACAAUUCGACUGAACGGAGGAGAGGAAAGAAAGUUCCUCCAAGAUGGAGACACCAUAACCAUCGUUGGAAUCUGCGGAUUAAAUGAUGAUAGUCUUGUUGGUUUUGGAGAGUGCUCUGGCCAGAUUACGGAGGCCCUGAAGCUGGGUUAA